UCACUUGCUCGCGCUCUUGCUCGCGCUCGUGCUCGCGCUCACUCUCACUCUCGUGCUCGCUCUCUUGCUCGCUCUCGCUCGCUCUCGCUCGCUCUCGCUCUCUCUCUCCUUCCUCCUCCGCCUCCUCUGCUCUUGGGCUAGAAUAUCUAUGGGUCGAAACGUGAUGCGAUGAAUCCGAGAGAGACCGAAACUAGGACGAGGAGUGGGGCGGAAGCGGCGGGACUCCUGGGCAUGGGGGCUUCACCACAAUAGAGGCAGCGCCCCCACCCGCCCCCGCUAGCUCCUCCGGAGUGGAGCCCCCAAACCCCUUAGGGAAAAGGAUGGCGGCGGCACCUACCCAGAUAGAAGCCGAGCUGUAUUACCUGAUCGCUAGAUUCUUGCAGUCCGGACCCUGCAACAAAUCCGCUCAGGUGCUUGUGCAGGAGCUCGAGGAGCAUCAGUUGAUUCCGCGCCGCUUAGACUGGGAGGGAAAAGAGCACCGAAGAAGCUUCGAGGAUCUGGUGGCAGCCAAUGCACACAUUCCUCCAGACUACCUCCUUAAAAUUUGUGAGCGGAUUGGCCCCUUACUAGAUAAGGAGAUCCCUCAGAGCGUUCCUGGGGUACAGACGUUACUGGGUGUUGGUCGGCAGUCUCUGUUACGGGAUGCCAAAGACUGUAAGAGUACACUAUGGAAUGGGUCUGCUUUUGCAGCUCUACAUAGAGGCAGACCUCCAGAACUACCUGUAAACUAUGUGAAACCUCCAAAUGUGGUGAAUAUCACCUCUGCCAGGCAAUUAACUGGAUGCAGUCGCUUCAGCCAUAUCUUCCCUUCAUCUGCUUACCAGCACAUUAAGAUGCAUAAGAGAAUUCUGGGGCACUUAUCAUCUGUCUACUGUGUAGCAUUUGACCGAAGUGGGAGAAGAAUUUUUACAGGUUCAGAUGACUGUUUGGUGAAAAUUUGGGCAACAGAUGAUGGACGCCUCCUUGCUACACUUCGAGGGCACUCUGCUGAAAUUUCGGACAUGGCUGUUAACUAUGAAAACACUCUUAUUGCUGCAGGCAGCUGUGAUAAGGUUGUAAGGGUGUGGUGUCUUCGAACUUGUGCACCAGUUGCAGUCCUUCAGGGACAUUCAGCUUCUAUUACUUCCAUACAGUUUUGUCCAUCAACUAAAGGCACAACCAGAUACCUCACUUCUACUGGUGCUGAUGGAACAAUCUGUUUCUGGCAAUGGCAUGUAAAAACAAUGAAGUUUAGAGAUCGCCCAGUGAAAUUUACUGAGAGAUCUAGACCUGGAGUUCAGAUAUCUUGUUCAUCUUUCAGUUCUGGUGGUAUGUUCAUUACAACAGGUAGCACUGACCAUGUGAUUAGAAUAUAUUAUUUGGGUUCUGAGAUCCCUGAGAAAAUUGCUGAAUUAGAAUCACAUACGAUGUUCCUGAGCAAAGCCUGCAGGUGUCCUGCAGCAGAGGACAAAGUUGUUGCUGUUCAGUUCUGUAACAAUGGAGACAGUUUAAGAUUUGUUAGUGGAAGUAGAGAUGGAACAGCAAGAAUUUGGCAAUAUCAGCAACAAGAAUGGAAGAGUAUAGUGCUAGAUAUGGCUACUAAAAUGACUGGGAAUAAUUUGCCAUCUGGAGAAGACAAGGUCACUAAACUUAAAGUGACUAUGGUGGCCUGGGAUCGCUAUGACACCACAGUUAUUACUGCAGUGAACAAUUUCCUUUUGAAAGUAUGGAAUUCUGUCACAGGGCAACUUCUUCAUACUUUAUCUGGACAUGAUGAUGAAGUAUUUGUUUUGGAAGCACAUCCAUUUGAUCAAAGGAUUAUACUUUCAGCUGGUCAUGAUGGGAACAUUUUUAUUUGGGACCUUGACCGGGGGACCAAAAUUCGGAAUUAUUUUAACAUGAUUGAAGGCCAAGGCCAUGGUGCAGUGUUUGAUUGUAAAUUUUCACCAGAUGGAAACCAUUUUGCCUGCACAGAUUCUCAUGGGCAUUUGCUGCUUUUUGGUUUUGGAUGCAGUAAAUACUAUGAAAAGAUUCCAGAUCAGAUGUUCUUCCACACUGAUUAUCGACCUCUUAUCCGUGAUGCCAACAACUAUGUACUGGAUGAACAGACCCAACAAGCUCCUCACCUCAUGCCUCCCCCAUUCUUGGUGGAUGUUGAUGGCAAUCCGCAUCCUACAAAAUUCCAAAGACUAGUACCAGGACGGGAAAAUUGUAAAGAUGAACAACUUAUACCACAGCUGGGAUACGUGGCUAAUGGUGAUGGUGAAGUGGUAGAACAAGUAAUUGGGCAACAAACCAAUGACCAAGAUGAGAGCAUUCUUGAUGGAAUAAUCAGGGAGCUACAGAGAGAACAAGAUCUGAGACUAAUUAAUGAAGGAGAUAUUCCACAUAUUCCAAUUAAUAGAUCAUAUUCUGCUAAUGGUGCUCUGAGAAGUCCAAAUAUGGACGUAUCUUCUUCCCCAAAUAUUGGGCUUCGACGUAGUGGUCAAAUUGAAGGUGUCCGACAAAUGCAUAACAAUGCUCCUCGGAGUCAGAUGGCCACUGAACGAGAUCUCAUGGCAUGGAGCAGAAGAGUGGUGGUCAAUGAACUAAAUACUGGAGUUAGUAGGGUUCAGGAAGAAUGUCGAACUGCAAAAGGUGACAUAGAAAUCAGUCUUUAUACAGUUGAAAAGAAGAAAAAACCAUCUUAUACUACCCAAAGGAAUGAUUAUCAGCCUAGCUAUGGGCGGUCUUUACGAAGGACACAGCGCAAGCGUCAGCAUACUUACCAAACACGGUCCAAUAUAGAACAUAAUUCACAAGCAUCUUGUCAAACUUCAGGUGUACAGGAAGACUCAGACAGCUCCUCAGAGGAAGAUGAAACCAUUGGCACAAGUGAUGCGUCUGUAGAGGAUCCUGUUAUUGAAUGGCAAAGUGAAAGCUCUUCCAGUGAUUCAUCAAGUGAAUAUUCUGACUGGACAGCAGAUGCUGGAAUAAAUUUGCAACCUCCAAAAAGACAAACGAGACAGGCAACACGUAAAAUAUGCAGCAGCUCUGAGGAGGAGAAUUUGAAGUCACUAGAAGACAGGCAAAAGAAACCUAAACAAACUAGAAAGAAGAAAGGAGGACUGCUUUCUAUGGCAGGUGAACCCAAUGAAGAAUGGUUUGCCCCUCAGUGGAUUUUGGAUACCAUACCACGACGUUCCCCAUUUGUCCCACAGAUGGGAGAUGAGCUUAUCUAUUUCAGGCAAGGACAUGAAGCUUAUGUGCGGGCUGUAAGGAAGUCAAAAAUAUACAGCCUUAAUUUACAAAAACAGCCAUGGAAUAAAAUGGAUCUCAGGGAACAAGAGUUUGUUAAGAUUGUAGGAAUCAAAUAUGAGGUUGGACCACCUACACUGUGUUGCUUGAAGCUUGCAUUUCUGGACCCCAUUUCAGGCAAAAUGACUGGAGAAUCUUUUUCCAUUAAGUAUCAUGACAUGCCAGAUGUCAUUGACUUCCUUGUGCUACAUCAGUUUUAUAAUGAAGCCAAAGAAAGGAACUGGCAGAUUGGUGAUAGAUUCCGCAGUAUAAUUGAUGAUGCCUGGUGGUUUGGGACUGUGGAGAGUCAGCAACCUUUUCAACCAGAGUAUCCUGAUAGUUCUUUCCAGUGCUACAGUGUUCACUGGGACAAUAAUGAGAGAGAAAAGAUGAGCCCCUGGGAUAUGGAGCCAAUUCCAGAAGGAACUGCCUUUCCAGAUGAAGUUGGUGCUGGUGUUCCUGUGUCCCAGGAGGAACUGACUGCUUUGCUAUACAAACCCCAGGAAGGAGAGUGGGGGGCUCACUCCAGAGAUGAGGAAUGUGAACGGGUUAUUCAGGGCAUCAACCACCUUCUGUCCCUGGAUUUUGCCAGCCCUUUUGCUGUUCCAGUGGAUCUCAGUGCCUAUCCCUUGUAUUGUACAGUAGUUGCUUAUCCAACUGACCUCAACACCAUCAGACGGAGACUUGAAAAUCGCUUUUACAGGAGAAUAUCAGCAUUAAUGUGGGAGGUUCGCUACAUUGAGCAUAAUGCCAGGACUUUCAAUGAGCCAGAUAGUCCUAUAGUUAAAGCAGCCAAAAUUGUAACUGAUGUCUUACUUCGAUUUAUUGGGGAUCAGAGCUGUACUGAUAUAUUGGAUACUUACAAUAAAAUUAAAGCGGAAGAACUAAACAGCACUGAUGCAGAAGAGGAUACAGAAAUGGUUGAUUUAGAUUCAGAUGGUCCUGGUACUUCAUCUGGAAGAAUGGUCAAAUGCCGAGGCAGAAGACAGUCUUUGAAGUGUAAUCCUGAUGCUUGGAGAAAACAAUGCAAAGAACUGUUGAGCCUCAUUUAUGAACGUGAAGACUCAGAGCCAUUUCGACAGCCAGCUGAUCAUCUUUCUUACCCAGGCCAUCAGGAGCAAGAUGGAGAAUCCUCAGAAUCAGUUGUUCCAGAAAGACAACAAGAGCCAUCUCUUUCUGAGGAUAAUUCAGAUGUUAUAGACACUCCUAUGGACUUCAGCACUGUGAAAGAAACUUUGGAAGCAGGAAAUUAUGGUAGUCCUCUGGAAUUUUAUAAGGACGUUCGCCAAAUAUUCAGCAACUCCAAAGCUUAUACCUCUAAUAAAAAGUCAAGGAUCUAUAGCAUGACACUGCGAUUAUCUGCCUUAUUUGAAAGUCAUAUUAAAAAUAUCAUCUCUGAAUAUAAGUCAGGAAUCCAGAGUCAGAAGAGGAGGAGGCCACGGUACAGAAAACGUCCAAGAAGCAGCAGCAGUUCGUUGUCUAGUAGCAGAGCUCCUAGUCCAAAAGGAAAACAGAAACAAAUGAAGUUGCAGCCUAAAAAUGACCAGAAUACCUCAGUGUCUUAUGUCAGGACUAGCUCUCCUUUCUCAUCUCCUGUUUCAGAUGCUGCUGAAGGCCUUUCAUUAUAUUUACUUGAUGAUGAACUGGAUGGGCCGUUUUCUUCAUCGAGCUUCAGUGGUUAUAGCCGAAGUGGAAAUAGCCAUGACCCAGGGAAGGCCAAAUCAUUUCGGAAUAGAGUUUUACCAGUUAAACAAGAUCACUCCCUUGAUGGACCCCUUACAAAUGGUGAUGGCAGAGAGCCUCGGACAGGAAUCAAAAGAAAACUACUUAGUGCAUCAGAAGAAGAUGAAAGCAUGGGAAGAGAAGAGAAAGAGAAAAAAGAAACAAAAGAGAAAUCACAUUUAUCCUCCUCAGAGAGUGGAGAGUUAGGAUCCAGUUUGAGUUCUGAAAGUACCUGUGGUUCUGAUUCUGAUUCUGAAUCAACUUCCAGAACAGAUCAAGAUUAUGUAGAUGGAGACCACGACUAUAGCAAAUUCAUACAAACCAGGCCUAAAAGAAAACUCAGAAAGCAAUAUGCCAAUGGAAAAAGAAACUGGAAGACAAGAGGCACAGGAGGAAGGGGCAGAUGGGGCAGAUGGGGUAGAUGGAGUAGAGGAGGCCGAGGAAGAGGAGGCAGGGGACGAGGAGGUCGAGGAAGAGGUGCAGGUGCCACUAGAGGGAGAGGGAGAGGGAGAGGAGGAAGAGGUACUUCUAGAGGAGCCACCAGAGCCAAACGUGCACGUAUUGCAGAUGAUGAAUUUGAUACCAUGUUUUCAGGACGUUUCAGUAGACUGCCUCGAAUUAAAACAAGAAACCAAGGCAGGAUGACUGUUUUAUAUAAUGAUGAUUCUGAUAAUGACAAUUUUGUGUCCACUGAAGAUCCUCUGAAUCUUGGUACAUCCAGAUCAGGCAGAGUGCGUAAAAUGACAGAAAAAGCCAGGGUUAGCCAUCUCAUGGGAUGGAAUUAUUAACAGUUAAUAAAUUUAGAGUAAUUUAAAAAAAAAUUAAAUGGCCUUCUACUGCAGGGAAUUUACUAGGAAAUCUACAAAGCAAGUUGUGUGGGGACUUCUGCUUCCUUUCACAUUGGUGCUUUUCCAUUAUGCCAGUAUACAUUUUUUUCAAGACUUUUGAUCUCCACACUUCAUUUAUUCAAACAAGCCUUACUUAUUAGGCCUUAAAUUAAAAACAAAAUUCUGCCCACAUACACACACACACACACACACACACACACACACACACAACACAGUACGUCACAAACACACUACAGAUUUACUACAUUAAGGGAGCAUUCAGCUUCUUAAGAGUAGCAUGACAUUUUUAUCUCAAUGGAAUAUCCCUCUUUUGCUUUUGUAUCACAGAAGUAUAGCACCUUCUUACAGAGUUUUAUAUAGUUUGUUUUUGCCAUUUUGAUUCUUGUACCCAGUAAUAAUAACUUUUGCACAAUACACCAAUCCUAUAGGCAGCUAUUAAAUGUUUACAGUUUCUAUAUUGUAAGAACGAUCUGGAUUAUUUUACUCUUCCCAGGCUAAACUUUCAUUGUACUGAACUGAAGUAUAUAUUUAUACUACAGUUUUUUGGGGGUGGGGGGAUCUUGAUAUGCUUUUCAUUGAUUUGCUUAAUUCAUGUUAAAGGUGAGAAAGGGUUGGUGCCUUGUAAAUAUGUAGCAAAUCUUUGUGGUGUGUCUUGAUGUGUGCAUUAACUUUAUUAAAAAAUAACAUUUGAGGUAUCGAUCUAGACAAGGUGCCAAAUGCAAAAGUUUCUUGCAUCCAUUUUCUUUUUCCUAUUAUAUUUUAUUGCAUUAAUAGAACUCGUGUAGUUUAAAGAAUAACAUAAACAUUUGAAAAAAUCCUCAUCCACAAAGAAUAACUUCUUUGAAUAGUAGCUCAGCUACCUCUAUUAACUACAACUACUGGAAACGUUAAAGAAAAUAGAUGCUGUUAUUCAUUACUGACUAAGGAAAAAUAGAACAAACUUGGUAGGAAUGAAUACUCCUAUGUUAUAAGCUGAGAGGUUGUUAAUAAUUGUAUUGGCUCUCAAAAUAAUAGUUGUAAUUAACAAACUUUCAUAAGUGUAGUAUGCUGUACCUUAGGCUUUUCUUAGAACAUAUUUGUGUAAGUAGACUUGGUCUACUACUUAUGUAUCUCUGCUACCACUUACUAUUUACAGCUGUGAGUGAUUGGUUUUCAUUUGAAUUUUAAAAUGUAACAAAGCAGCUAGUUUGAAUUGGAUGUUUUGGCUAGCAAAUAUUUUGAGUCAACUUUAAUAGGUUUUGCUCAUACCAUUCCAAAGGGUUCUUCUGUUACAAUCUUUCAGAAAAGAACCUCAUUACACUGCACAAUAAUAUUUGAGUAAUUAUUUUAUAGAUUAAAAAAUCUUUAAAACCCUUAUGGUCUUGUUUACAGCAGUAGAGUGCACAUGAUUCCAUAAGUGAGCUUGAGUUACAAGAUCAGUUUUACUCCUCAAAUUUGAGAGAUUGCAAAUUCACUAAUUUGUUAAAUACUUAGAUUUUUAAGGUGAGUGGGAUAAUACUGAUCUCUGUUAUUGUAACAGCAGAUUUGUUACACUUAGAUCAGACUUUGGGGAUAAAAGAAACUUUUUAAUGUAUUCCUAGUAAUCCCAGAACAUUUCUUAAGCUAAUGUGUUUGUUUCAUGCUUCCAACCAUUUUAUGCAUCUGAAAAUCCUUAAGUGCAAAGGAAGGAGUACAUACGUAACUUUGCUCUUUUGUUUGGGUUGUUCCUGUACUAACAACUUUAAACGGUUUUCACAUGCAGUAAGAAUGAUGUUCAGGCUUUAAGAAAGUAUUGUUAUGAAUUGUUAAUGGCACUAACUUCUGUUACUGUACAGUAGAUCAAGCUGAUUUUUUUUGUUGUUAUAGUCUUGUUUUGUUUUGUUUUUUUUCACUAAACCAAAACGACUUCUGGUUGUAACUCAGCUGACACUUUUAACCAUACUGUAGAUUCAAAAACAUUCACAUUUGAAACUCUACAUUUGAUUUUUGCUAAUUAGACUAAUUUUGCAUUUAGACUAAAUUUGUGCCUGUGUUUACCUAGAAUCAAUAACAAUUUGGCUUACCCUAAUCAAAGUAACAUAGAUUUACUUAAAUUGAUGGAUAUACCCAAACAUGUAUUGUGUGUAUCAUUUUAGUGUGAAAUUUUUUGACAUUCUUCUAUGAAGAGCUAAUCUCUUCAAAUGUAGAAGAAUUACCAUUUGUGUGAUUUUAGCUAUCUCAAGCUUAUUUAUAAUUUAUUUUGAAAAAAAAUGCCACAUUUAUUUCCCAUAUGUCAAGAUUUUCUAGGUUUAGAUAAUUAGAAUAAUGAGGCUGAAGACAUUUUUAAGCACAUUUUAUAUGUAGUGAAAUACUGUGAAAACACUAGUGAACAGCAUUUUGCUGUAAUAUUGAUUUCAGUUAUUAGGAUUCAAAAGUCACCAGGGUAUGUUAGAUGAGCAUAUUUGCCAUUUAUUACAAAACAAACAGAUAUUUUCUGUUUGCAUGCAAAUUAUUUUAAUAAGUGUGAAAAUAAAAGUUUGAAAGAUAGUAUUUUUACUUUUAUAUCUGAACAUUUUCCCCCCAAUUUAUACUUUGCUUUUUUGUAACACCACCUCCUGUGAAUGUGUUGUAAUUUGUAUCACACUGAAUAUUUUACACUUUAGUUUUUUAGAGUACCUUUAAACCUAAAUAUCAGAUUCAGGCAUAGCAAAGCAAGUAGGAAAUGAGCUGAAAUUUUUGAAGAAAAGUCUAAAUAUUAAAUAAGUUGCUAAGAAAUAAACACGUGUGUGAGAACAUACAUAUGUAUAAGCCUAAUCCUAUGCUGGAUAUUAAUAGUCAGUGAACUAUAAUAUUUCUCGUGAAUGCUAAUAAUCUUUUAAUUCCCAGCUUUAAGAUCUUAGCAUGUAUAUCUGUUUAUGAAACAAAUUGUGUUUCUUCUAUGUCUUUCUGUGUGUAUCUCUUCCAGCAAUAGGAUGCUUUCCAAAACAUUCAGUAGCCUAUCAACCUAAGAACUAAAUUUGUGUGUGUGUGUGUGUGUGUGUGUGUGUGUGUGUGUGUAGAUUUUUUUUCCAACUUGACACACUUUGUCUCAGACAUUAAAAAAGAAUAUUUUGUAUGGAAGACAGCUAUAUUCACAGUCUACCAACUCUGUCUCUGUGUAAAGCACUUAACCUAUAUAUAUAUACUGCUUGAUCAUCCACUUCAUUAUGCCUUAUAGGUAAACUAGGUUUUAUCAUGUACAUGUGUCCCUCUAUUUUUAAUGUAUCCUUCCUUCAUUUGUUUCUUUUUCUGUUUCCCUUCCCAGAGAUCAGGCUUGUGCUAGAAUUCUUCAUACAGCACUUUGUUUCACCCAGAGGUUGAGAAACUGAGUAGAAUUUGAAAUAGAUUUGAGUGAUUUAUUAUUUUGUUGUUUUUGUUGUAAUCCUAUAGGUUGUCAUCAGACAAUAACAGAGUGACUGAAAAGAAAAACAUGAAUGCCACUUCUUAGUUUCUGAUAAAAAAUUUUUGAUCAUUUUUCAAAAUUUGUACAUUUGUGGUAGUGAUAAACACCUUUAUUACUUAUAUAUCUUGGGAAUUAUUUUAUGCACAUUUACCAACUGGCACUAAUUUUUAAAGUUAGAAUUUUCACAUCCACAAAAAGGAAACUUGCACCCUGUAUAAUUUUCAGUUUGCUGUGAUAUCCAACAUUUACUUUUAUUACCAACAUUUUGGGUUCCAAAAUGAAUAGUUCAGCUCUGGGGGAGGGAAUGGAACUUGCGACAUUUAAAAUUCAUUGUUUUAAAUAUUAACCCCAUCCCCAACAGUUUUGUGGUACAUGAGGCUUUAUGAAAAUUGUAUUGAAAAUAGAGUAAGAUCACUUUUAAGGCUUGUUUUGAAAAUUAGUGUGAAAAUAUUUUCAUGCUUUUUUUGAUUUUCAUUUCUUAGUAAAGUUUCUUUAUUAAGUUUUAAUUAUGAAGUUUACCAAGUUUUGUUUAAAUUCUAAUAUAAAGUUAAUUUUUUUCAUGGUGCUGUAUUUUGUGAACUAUGAGUUGCCCUCAAGUUUCUAGACAUUUAUUUCUUAUAUAGCCUUAUUCUUGAUUAUUUUCUUUUCAAUCAUUCCUCCCCUGCUUACUUUUAUCCUCAUUUCUCUUACUGCAAUGAAGACUGCACCUAAUUUAGCAUACUUCAACAAGACUAGCAAUUUAUGAUUCACUGAUGGGAGAAGUACAGUAGAAAGGCCCUGCAGUUUAGAGUUAAGGUGUGUUUAUUUAUAUGUAUGUCCAUUUGUUAUUCUUAUACCUAUCUUAAUUAAAUCUAUAAUAUGAGACUUUGACAUAUAAAAGCAUGAUAAGUAUUUUCUAAAAAAUAAAACUAUUGAUACAUAUAAUCACCAUUGGUAAUUGACUUUUAAAAUCACAUACAAAAAUAUUUAGAAACCCAGUUGGGAAAUGUGUUUUUACAUAUGUCACCAGAUACACAUUAAGCAGUACUAGAAAUGUUAAUUUUUUAAACAAUACUGUGGUGAUGGCAAUCAGUAAUUUAUUUCUUUGUCCUGUAACUUACCAUCUUUGUCUUUUGUAAUCCCUUACAAAGUAUUAACAAAACUGUACCUUAUGUUUGUUAUUAGUAUCCACAAAUUUUAAGGUAGAAAGUCAUUGAGUUAAUAGUUAAUGUGAUGUUGUAUAUGGACAAAAUGUCCAUUAAACUAAAAUUCAGUAAAGAAAGGUAAACUAACUGGCUUGGUUUAUAAAAGAUGUUUUGUUUGGCAGUUACCAGUCACUAUAAGCAAUUAUCUUCAAAGACAAAAAACUGGACUAAUUUGUUGGCCAUUCUUUAUGGGAUGUUUACAAUAAAAUUCCAAGUUGUUUGGAA